AUUCAUCCCAUGGCCGUCAUACUGUGACGUCUUUCAGAGCGCUUUGUGAUUGCUCAGUCCCAAGUAUAAGCCCUAUAAAAUGAUGGGCUUUGAAAUGCUGGUCAGGGUAGAGUGAGAAGCACCAGCAGGCAGUAACAGCCAACCCUUAGCCAUUGCUAAGGGCAGAGAACUGGUGGAGCCUUCCUCUUACUCCCAGGACUUCAGCACCUAAGACAGCUCCAAAACAAACCAGAACAGGCAGCUCCGGGGGAGCACGAGUGGGCAAGAGGCACAGAAAUGGACACCAGAAAUAAGGCCCAGCUCCUUGUGCUUCUGACCCUUCUCAGUGUGCUGUUCUCACAGACGUCGGCGUGGCCUCUUUACAGGGCACCUUCUGCUCUCGGGUUGGGUGACAGACUACCCUUUGAGGGAGCAAAUGAACCUGAUCAAGUUUCAUUAAAAGAAGACAUGGACAUCUUGCAAAAUGCAUUAGCUGAAAAUGACACACCCUAUUAUGAUGUAUCCAGAAAUGCCAGGCAUGCUGAUGGAGUUUUCACCAGUGACUUCAGUAAACUCUUGGGUCAACUUUCUGCCAAAAAGUACCUUGAGUCUCUUAUGGGAAAACGUGUUAGCAGUAGCAUCUCAGAAGACCCUGUACCAGUCAAACGUCACUCAGAUGCAGUCUUCACAGACAACUAUACCCGCCUUAGAAAACAAAUGGCUGUAAAGAAAUAUUUGAACUCAAUUCUGAAUGGAAAGAGGAGCAGUGAGGGAGAAUCUCCUGACUUUCCAGAAGAGCUAGAAAAAUGAUGAAAAAGCCCUUUGGAGCAAAGCUGAUGACAACUUCCCAGUGAAUUCUUGAAGGAAAACGAUACGCAACAUAAUUAAAUUUUGAGUUCUACAUCAGUAAUUCAAGAAAAAAACUUCAAUAUCCAAACCAAAUAAAAUGUAUUGUGUUGUGAAUGUUGUGACGUAUUCUAGCUAAUGUAAUAACUGUGAUGUUUACAUUGUAAAUAUUAUUUGAGAGUUCUACAUUUUGUCUUUAACUCAUAAAAAGCCUGCAAUUUCAUAUGCUGUAUAUCCUUUCUAACAAAAAAAAUAUAUUUAAUGAUAAGUAAAUGCUAGGUUAAUUCCAAUUAUAUAAGACUUUUUUGGAAGAGUAGUAAUAGAGCAAAAUUGAUGUGUUUAUUUAUAGAGUGUACUUAACUAUUCAGGAGAGUAGAACAGAUAAUCAGUGUGGCUAAAUUUGAAUGUUAAGCAGAUGGAAUGCUGUGUUAAAUAAACCUCAAAAUGUCUAAGAUAGUAACAAUGAAGAUAAAAAGACAUUCUUCCAAAAAGAUUUUCAGAAAAAUAUUAUGUGUCCCCAUAUUUUAUAGGCAACCUUUAUUUUUAAUGGUAUUUUUAAAAAUCUCAAAUUUGGAUUGCUAAUCACCAAAGGCUCUCUCCUGAUAGUCUUUCAGUUAAGGAGAACGACCCCUGCUUCUGACAUUGAACCUUCCCUUUCUGCUUGUGUUAAGUAUGUGUAAAAUGUGAAGUGAAUGAAACAGUUGUUCAAUAAUAAAUAUUUUUGCCAUAAUGACUCAGAAUAUUGCUUUCGUCAUAUGAGCUUCCUUCUGUGAAAGUACAUCUAAAGACAUAACUAUUUUUCCAAAAUAAUUUUAAGAAAUCAAAUAGAGAAAAUAAAGACUUUUGAUUAUCACUGCAGAUAA